AGCGGAGGAGCGCUAUAUACAAUGUGGGAGUUACAGGAGUUUAUCGGAGACGUGCUCAAUAAGACCUUCGUUAUCAGCCAACCAGGUGUUAUUAAGUUUGGUGGUUCAGGAUGUGACGUUGACUUGCGGCCAGCUGUGUGUAGUGAGGUGGCUAAUAUGUUUGUUAUCGGUACUGAUACUAAUUGUGUGUUUAAUCUGUCGGAAAGUGUUCAGGGACAAUCUUUAGUCAAUGGCGUGUUGUCAAAAGAAUACCAGCUCAUAAAGUCAGGAGACAUGGUACAAUUUCGUUCCGUAUCGAACAAGAAGUUUAUGUUGAUCUACAAAGAAAUCAUUAUACUUUUUUCUUCGAUGGAGAGGAAUAUACGAAAAAAAGCUAAAACAGUCGCCAACCUCAUUCAUGCAAAAGUUUUAAGUGAUUGGUCAAACGAAUGCAAUGUUCUUGUUAUGCAAUCUCUGAUUGUUACUUCGAAAGUUAUAUGUGCAUUACUUAGCUGUAUUCCUAUUGUUACACUGGACUACUUGGAAGAAAUCAAGAAAAUCCAAGGCUACACAUUCGCAACGAAACCUGAUCCAAAAGACUUUUUGCCGAUUAUGAAGGAGGAAAAACUGACACAGAAUGACGCCUCAAGGUUUCUCCCCAAUGAUUUGCGACGUCUUUUAUUUAGUAGAAAGGUAUUCUUUGUUCUAAAUAAAGACAAGUACAAUAUUCUGUCGGAGAUAAUCCGUUUGGGGAACGGGAGUUCAUGUUUACUUGAUUCUCCUGAUGCUCUACUUACCUCCAAUUCAAACAAUAAAAUGCAUGUGACUGGACAUAUUGCUGUAGAUGAUCUCCUUCGUGAUAUUUUAUCGAAACCAGAGUCAUGCGUCGUUCAUUUUCAUCCCACAUCUGUAACCGAAUCAUGGCAGCGAAAAGUUUAUUCUGUAUUGCGUAGUCUACGCCGCAGACCCAUUCUAGAAUCAGAACUGGGUUUCGCUGUUGUAUAUUGCUCGACAAAGUUAUAUUGCAAUCCAGAUAAACGCUGUCCUGAUGGAUUAUACCAAGAAAUUGAUAUAUCUGGUACAUUCUCGGUGAAUCCGUUUCAAAUAGACUCGGAAGUUGUCUCAUCGGAACUUAGCCAAUUAUCUACUACAGUGGUUGGCGCGAAAAUUCCUGACUCUACUCAUAGGAAUUUUUCAUCUAAAAUGAAGAAUACCGAAUCAGACUCUGGACUCAAAUUAAGAUCAUAUCAAACUGCAAGGUUAUGUGAACGUAAAUUUGGGUCUACUAUAUCUAAAAUUGUUCCUGUGAAAACUCCUGAGCGUAUGACUGUGGGAAGCGUUUUAGCAUAUGACUCAGAGCCUUUAGUAAGUCAAAAUUUUGUUGAUUCACCACAAACUGCACAUUUGGAUUUGGAAAAUCAAGAGCCUUGUAAACUUGAAGCAAUCUUGAAAAACAGUAUCUCUACUUCAACCUUCGGAUCGUCAAUAAUUCAUCAACCUUUAGCAUGCAUUGAUAAGAAUGAUUUGUUAAACACAUUAAACAAUAUGCCUUCACUUCUUCAAACAAAAAUUAAGCAAGGUACGUUGCUCGAGUCUAACGUCAAUAAUAAGAAGAAUACAACUCAGCUCUCACCAUCAUUGUCUAACAAAAGUUUUGACAGUAUCAAACCGGAAAUCCCUAAGUAUGAAUUAUUAUUGGAAAAUGAUGCAAAUUCAUCUGUUGUAACUGGAUCGAAUUCAUGUAGCCUCGAUUUAAAUAAUGGUCAUUCAUUUCCAUCUAAUAAUGAAAAUCGUCGAUCAGGAAGUUGGCUCCGAAAACAUCCAGCUGAUAACGGUGCUGAUGUUGUUGAUACAUAUAACACGGCCCGGAGUACAAGGACUAAUUUCUUCAGUAAAGAUGUUAACCACAAUACAAUAGUCCUUUGGUUAAACUUACUAAUAUCGGAAGUUGUACAAACGAGGACCAACAAAUGGAAAGUCUUUCAAGUGAUAUUGUAAGAGCUAAGUGAAAGGGAUGAUUUAAUUUGUUCAUUCUGGUCAGUGUCUUUUUUAGCAAGAUUGUUUCUACAGGAUAAGGUUGCUGACCUUAUGCCCAACCCUCGUCUUUACCCCCGGGCUUGGGACCGGCAGUAACCAUAGAAAAGCUAUAGGCUGAGUGGAAAAGUGGCAGGACCUGAUAAUAUACCAGCUGAAGCACUGGAGUCAGACAUAUGAUCAACUCCAAACAUGCUCCACGUUCCAUUCAGAAAGAUUUGGGAGGAAGAACAAGUGCCGAUAGACUGAAAAGAAGGAUAUCCCAUCACAAUACAAAAGAAAGGAGAUCUGAGCAAGUGUGAGAACUACAGAGGCAUCACACUACUGUCGGUGCCAGGGAAAGUCUUCAACAGAGUGUUGCUGAACCGGAUGAAAGAUUCAGUUGACACCCAACUUUGAGAUCAACAGACCGGAUUACGUAAGGAUCGGUCGUGCACAAACCAGAUCGCGACACUACGGAUCACCGUUGAACAGUCGAUUGGAUUGAUUUCGUCACUAUACAUCAACUUCUUUGACUAUGAGAAGGCGUUUGAGAGAACGAAUAGGAGAACCUUAUGGGACCUUCUUCGACACUAGGGUGUACGUGAGAAGAUCGUCAACACCAUUCGGAAUCCAUAGAACGGACUACACUGCAAAGUUGUGUAUGGAGGACAGCUGACAGACACAUUCCAAAUAAUGACCGGAGUCAGACAAGGUUGUUUACUCCCUGCCUUCUUUUUCUUCUGGUGUUUGACCUGAUUAUGAAUACCUUCACAUCAAACUGCUCCACGAAGCAAGCCCUAACUCGGAAUCAUGAGGGGAAACGGAGAAGAGGAAAACCAAAGAACGAAUUGCACCGAGAAUUGGAAGCAGGUAUGAAAAGGGUGAAUAGCAACUGGAACGGACAGAGUUGGAUGGAGAAUGCAAGUGGUUGGUCAAUACUCCUCCACGAAGUGUAACAUGUGUAAGUAAGUAAGUGGACGGAAUAUGUUAUCUCUUCUUUUACUAGAGCGAAACAUACUGAGUGUUUAUAAAAUAGUCAUCCCAUGGAUCAUUUUUGGCUUUCUUGCAUAUCGUAGUGAAGAAGCUUAUAAGUCUCAGUCUUCAGUCAGUCAGUAACAACGUAGGACUUCGUACGUACGUACAUCAGUUCGAGUUGCCACACCACAUUAGCACAGAGAUGCACUUGUCGAUUCAAAUCCCGUAGUGGUAGAGGUAAUAAGAGCAUAAGCAGUAAUGGGGAAGAUUAGGGUUUGGAGAUGUUAUUUAAAGAGUAUAAUCCAGUGAAAGAAAUUUGGAAAGAGGAAAAAAGGGACAUGAAGAAUUCAGAAGAUUAGAAUUUGGGAGAACACAGAGAGUGGAUGCACCUGCGCCAUUGCAAACGAUUUUGAGCCAUGUCAUUCAGGGUCUCUAACCAUCGGUUGCUAUCAUCUCGCGGUCCCUAACCAGGUAGUCUACACCUACUAACAUGACUCAGUCCACUUGUCAGUGACUUCAUGGACUUGUGCCAUGUUUUGGUUUGGCCGCCCCUAGCUUUCUUCCAACCUACUCCUAUACCACUGAACAUAGCACGUCGAGGCAGUCGGUCGUUGGGCAUACGUAACACGUGUCCCAGCCAUCUCAACUGAUGAAGUUUCACUACUUCAUCAAUUGAUUUGCCAUCCUUACCUAAUACCCGUUUCCUAACAACUGUGUUACUUACUCGAUGGUCCCAUGAUAUACGAGCAAUGCUUCGAAGACACCUAUGAUCGAAUACUAGUAACCUACGAAUAUCCUCUACUCUUACCGGCCAUGUUUCACUGU